AUGGCCAAUGUUUUUAGGCAUUAUGAAAUGCCAUUGCGUUUUUUCAUCACACUAACCGUGGAAAUGACUCGUCUCAGCGGUGACGACGAAUUUGAAUUCAGCGUGCACUACUUUCAUUCUUUAGUCCACACGGUUUGGGCCGAAGGUAGCAUUCGCGAUGCUCUACAGACUGCAUGCGCCGAGAUCUCUGCUCGCCUCGAACAGUAUCAAGAACGAGGAUCUGGGCUUGUCGUCGUCGCCAUUCAGACCUGCACCAUCACCGUGGGACGUUUCAUUCCGCCCACGGUCGGCUGUGCGAGUUUUGUGUUACCCGGGGAACUUCCAAGCAGACAGUGCCUAGUGAAUGUGAACGAGCAACUGAACGAGUCGGAGAAAAACAUGUGCUUUGUGUUUUCUGUGCUCGCCGGUCUCCAUCCCGCACCCUCUAAUCGAUCGAGAGCUUCUUGCUACCGAGACCAUUUUGGCAAGUAUUGGUUCCCCACCGCGUAUCCAGUGACGUUUCCGCAAGACGUGCAGGCUUUCGAGAGAAAAAACUCCGUGUCCGUAAAUGUGUACGGUUAUGAUCGAGAACAAAGGUUCGUCUACCCGCUCAAAGUAAACGAUAGCGAGCGGGAGAAGCACGUGGAUUUGCUCCUGAUAGACGAACACUUUGUUCUAAUCACCAACUUUGCCGGUCUUUUCGCGAACAGGCGCACUCACCGUUUUCGUUGUAAAAGGUGUAUGAUGGGCUUUCGCUUUCGCACUGCGCUGGGAAGUCAUUUAUCGCUGUGUAAGGAAAAGAAGGCAGUCCGAACGGUGUGUCCUGCAAAGGGGGACGCGCUGUAUUUCCGGAGCCCACAGGCGAUGGAACCUUUCCCCUACUUUUGCGCCUACGAUUUCGAGGCCAUUCUGGAAGCGGAAAACAUGGGUCAGGCAUACGAGAAGCACGUCCCCAGUUCCUUUUGCAUACUCGUAAUCCGAUCCACGGACUCGCGCAUCGUCGAGCAGUUUUUGUACCGGGGCGAGGACUGCGUGGAAAAGUUCAUUUCCAUCCUUAAUCAAUUGUCCAAGCUCAUUGGCGAAUGGAUUCGAAGUGAGGAAGUGCCAAUGGUGAGCGUGGACGAAGAGGCUCACGCGUCUGCCUCUCACUGCGCGAUUUGUGGCGAAUCGUUUGGAAAUCGAAAGAGAAAAGUCAGAGAUCACGAUCACUUUAGCGGAUCGUACAGGCAGUCGUUGUGUCAGGGAUGCAAUUUAAAUCUGAGAGUAAACAAGAAAGUCAUUCCAGUGCUCGCGCACAACCAUUCGUAUGACCUGGCCUUUAUACUACCCAAACUCGACUUAUUCGAGUCUAAAGAUAUUAAAGUGCUCGCCACUAGCUGCCAGCAAUUUAAGCGACUCGACGUGGGUAACCUGCGGUUUCUCGACAGUCUGGCCUUUCUCCCCGCCAGCUUGGACGCGCUGGUUCAGGACCUCCGUUCCAAGGGACUAGAAAACCUGUGCUGUCUAAAGCAGGCUUUUCCGCAGCACGUUGAGCUUCUGGCGCGGAAAGGCGUAUUUCCUUACGACUAUGUGACCAGUUUCGAGGCUUACCGGGAGCCCGAGCUACCGCCCCGCGAGUCGUUUUACAACAAGCUUAACGACAGCCAAAUUUCGAAGGACGACUACCGUCACGCCCAAACCGUCUUUGAAACAUUCAAUUUCAAAAGCCUAGGAGGAUACAGUGACUGCUACCUGAAACUCGACUGCCUACUUCUCGCCGACGUGUUCCAAAAUUUUAGGAAAUGGACUUUAGACACGUACGAGCUCGAUCCGUUACACUACGUUUCCCUGCCCGCGCUCAGUCUUGCCUGCGCACUUAAACAGACUGGGGUAAAACUGGAGCUGCUCGACGACGUGGAUGUGUAUCUGUUCAUCGAAGCGGGCCUGCGAGGAGGAAUCGUUCAAUGUGCCAUUCGUAACACGAGGGCUAACGUGCCAGGAACCGCAUGUUUCGAUCCGAACACGGCGGUUUCUCAAAUUUUAGACCUCGACGUGAACGGCCUGUACGCUUCCACCAUGCGGCAAGCCCUUCCUUGCGCAGAUUUUCGCUGGCUAGACCGCGAGGAAAUCGACGCUCUCCACUUCCAGCAGGUUACCGACGACGCGCCCGAGGGUUACAUUUUAGACGUGGACCUCGACUAUCCCCGGGAGCUACACGAUUCGCACGCGGACUUUCCCCUGGCUCCCGAGAAACGAGGAUUGGGCUUACAGCUAAAGGCCAUUCAUCGCGUUUUAAAGUUUUCGCAGAGUGCAUUCCUUAAAGAUUUCAUCGACUUUAAACACAACCUACGAAAACAGGCGACGAAUGCUUUUCAAAAGAACCUAUCUAAACUCAUUAUGAAUUCAAUUUAUGGCAAGACAAUCGAAAACCCACGCCAGUACAAUAACGUUGUCAUUAGCGUGAGCGAGGACGAAGUGCUCAAAAACCUGCAGAAGCCUAACUUCAGGCAGUUUGCGGCAAUCAGCCUGACCGUGGUGAUCUUUCAGUUUUCCCAGAGAACGUUACACUUGAACAAACCCGUGUACGCGGGUUUCUCUAUCCUAGAGAUGUCCAAACUGGUCAUGUACGAAUUUUUCUACAAGCAGGUCAGGCGCGUUUUCCCCGACGCUCGCGCAGCGUACAGCGACACGGACUCGUUCAUUCUCCAAAUCACCGACCCGGAUGUAGACUCGAAGCUCGCGACCCUUGCCGAAACUCACCUGGAUACUUCUGGGUACCCGGGCGAUCACCCCUUGUUUUCUCCCGCAAACAAAAUGAAACUAGGAGUGUUCAAAAAUGAAUUCCCAAAAGAUCACAUUCUUGGAUUUGUUUGUCUGAAACCAAAACUCUAUUCGCUCGAACUAGCCUCCCGAGAGCACUAUGUGAGGGCGAAAGGAGUGAAAAGGUGCGAGUCCCGUAAGCUAACCUACGAGCUCUACGUUCAAACUCUCGGGCAACAAACUCUGCACAAGAUCACGCAGCGGACUAUCGCUCGUAAGUUGUGCGAGAACAAGACUGUUGCCGUGGAGAAGAUAGGACUCAACCCGUUUGACAACAAGCGCUUCAUCGACACCGACGGCGUUUCAACUCUUCCUUUCGGACAUUGGAGCCUCUAAGUGAAGUGCUUUCUCUGAUCUCCAUCAUUUC